GUCGGCCGCGGGGCCACAAGGACACGAGACGAGCUGCACAAAUCGCUCGCUUGCUAGGGGCGCGGGCCGCGCGCUCCUGCAAACCUGUCGCUACCGGACCACAUGGCUGCGGCGGCGUGGCCCGGCGCCGGCGCCGCCAGCGCCUCAUCCCCCAACUCCCUGCUGCUCUCGCGCUCCCGUCCCCACGGGCCUUCGCCGGCGAGCUACAUGCCGCGGCGACUCAUCCUCGGCGUUGGCACCUCGGCCGUCGCGGCGCUGGCGGCCACGGCGCCGCCGGCGGUGCUGCAGGACGGAGCGGCCACGCUGUUCGUCACCGCCGGCGCCUACGCCCUCGUGCGCACCUUCGACGUGCUCACCGAGCGGCGGCUCGUCGAGAAGGCAGAGUUUGAGCAGGAAAAUUGUGCACGUGCUAUCCGGCGUUCUGUUCAUGGCAUCCUGGCCACUCUUCAGACGUGCUAUGCCUGCAGUAAUUCGACAGAAGCACGAUAUUUCGCUGCGGUUGCUCCGUUCUUGAACUCCUUGAGGCUUCUGAUUUACGGACUACGCCUUUACACGGAUGAGGUUCUUGUAAAAUCAGUGGCACGUGAAGGAAAACCAGAGGAAUUGCUGAGAGGUCCCCUCUACUAUGUCUUGGUGCUACUCUUCAGUGUUUUAGUCUUCUGGCGCGAGUCCCCAAUCGGGAUUGUUUCCUUGUCGAUGAUGAGCGGUGGUGAUGGUUUUGCUGACAUUGUUGGGAGAAGGUAUGGCUCAGUGAAGCUGCCAUUCAAUCAGAAAAAGAGCUGGAUCGGGAGCAUCUCGAUGUUCAUUUCUGGUUUCCUGUUAUCCGCAAUAAUGCUGUUCUACUUCUCCAGCCUUGGUUACGUUCAUGUUAGCUGGGAGGAGGCAUUUGGUAAGCUGGCUCUUGUUGCGUUGGCAGCAACCGUGGUGGAGUGUAUUCCUGCGACUGAUGUUGUAGAUGACAAUAUAUCUGUUCCUUUGGCCUCCAUGUUCGUAGCUUUACUCUUGUUUGGCUCCAACACACAAUGAUUAAUCCAUAAUAUUAAAUACAUUAUUGAAUUCCCCUGCA